UGCUGCCUCAGGGCCUCUGCUGCUCAGCCACCCAGGCCUCUUUCCUUUUCCUGGUAGCAGGUUGCUUAAGCCUCAGGGCCUUCAAUGGGUCUUGACCCUUGUCUAGGCCUCCUUGACACUGGGCUGCAGGUGGUCAACACCUCAGGUCUUUGUUCUGAUGUUACCUACUGCAUGGAGACUCCUGUGACCGACCCCCCCAGCUCCUGUAACACUCCAGCCACACCCUGCCCCACCUCUGGUCCAUGCAGCCUACUUUGCAUAUUUCUUUCUGUUCCUUCACCAUCUGCUGUCUGGAUCCUGGAUUGACUUGUAGACUCGUGUUACCUGAGGAAACAGCCCUGAAGAGGAGGAGGAAAGAAAAGGAGUCAGGAAUGGCUGUCACUGAGGGUCCACUGACGUUCAGAGAUGUGGCCAUUGAAUUCUCCCAGGAGGAGUGGAAGUGCCUGGUUCCUGCUCAGAGGGCUUUGUACAGGGACGUGAUGCUGGAGACCUACAGGAACCUGGUCUUUCUUGCAGGAAUGUGUCCUUCAGACCUGAGUGUCCUCUCCUGGUUGGAGCAAGGGAGGGAGCCCUGCACUGUGAAUGGCCCAGAGGAAAUAUCCAGGCCUGCAAAUGAGUGGGCAUGUGUGGAGGGUGUGAAAGCAGAAGAACCGGAAACAAACAUUCCUCCAGCUCCUUACAAAUGUAAUGAGCUUGAAAAAUCCUUUAAUCAAGAAUCACACCGUACUAUACAUCAGAUAAUCUGUACUGGAGAGAAACGAUUUACUUGUGAUAUAUGUAGCAAAGUCUUCAAUAAAAAAUCGAAUCUUACAAGUCAUCUUAGAAUCCACACUGGAGAGAAACCUUACAAGUGUAAUGAGUGUGGGAAGAUGUUCAAUAAAAGUUCACACCUUGGACAACAUCGGAGAAUCCACACUGGAGAGAAACCUUUCAGAUGUGAUGAAUGUGGCAAGGUCUUCCGUAACAAAUCCUACCUUGCAAACCACCGGAGAAUUCACACGGGGGAGAAACCUUACAAGUGUGAUGCAUGUGGCAAGGUCUUCAAUCAGAUUUCACACCUGGCAAGUCAUCGUAGAAUCCACACUGGAGAGAAACCUUUCAAAUGUAAUGAGUGUGGCAAGGUCUUUAGUCGUAACUCAUACCUCAUUCAACAUGUAAUAAUCCACACGGGGGAGAAACCGUACAAAUGCAAUGAGUGCGGCAAGGUCUUCAAUAAAGAAUCAAUCCUUACAAGUCAUCGUAGAAUUCACACCGGAGAGAAACCUUACAAGUGUAAAGAGUGUGGGAAGAGCUUCAAUCAGACUGCACAUGUUACACAACAUCGGAGAAUCCACACUGGGGAGAAACCUUUCAAAUGCAACGUGUGCGGUAAGGUUUUCCAUCAACAAUCAAACCUUAUAAGUCAUCACAGAAUCCACACUGGAGAGAAACCUUUCAAAUGCGAUGAUUGCGGUAAGUUCUUUAGUCAAAAAUCAAACCUUACAAGUCAUCGUAGAAUUCAUACUGGAGAAAAACCUUACAGUCAUAAUGAGUGAGGGAAGGUCUUCAAUCACAUUUCACACCUUGCACAACAAGAGAAUUCACACUGGAGAGAAACCUUUCAAAUGCAAUGAGUGUGGCAAGGUCUUCAGCCUCAACUCAGACCUAGCAAGACAGCUGAUGAUAAUUCAUACUGGGAGAUGUCUUACAAAUGCAAUGAAUGUGGUAAGGUCUUCAGUUGCAAUUCACGUCUUGCGUAUCAUCAUAGAAUCCGUACUGGGGAGAAACCUUAAAAAUGCAGUGAGUGUGGCAGUGUUAUUAGUCACAAGUGAUCCCUAGCAAGUAAUCAAAGAAUCCACAUUGGAGAGAAAUCUUUCAAAUGCAAUGAGUGUGAAAAGAUCUUCAGUUGCAACUCAUACCUGACAGCAUCAGAUAAUUCAUAGUGGACAGAAGACUUACAAAUGAAAUCUAUGUGGCAAGGUCUUCAGUCUGAAUCAUCCCUGAGACGACACUGGAGGAUCUAUACUAGAGAGAAGGCUUCGACAUGUAAUCACUGUGCAAGGGCCUCACUUGUGUUCCCAACUACGUCACAAGGAGGCAGGAAGAUGAUUGAUGCAAAUCCUGCCUGGCCAACAUGAUGAGACUGUCUCAAAAUAAAAUAAAGAGCUGGGGAUGUAGCUCAGUGGUAGAAUGAUUGCCUAGACUGUUGAGUCCCUGGGUUCAAUCCCCGCACUCCAUAAGGAGAAAAAAAAAAGUACAACGAAUGUUUUGAGGUCUUCAGUCAGAUUGGCUUCCACAUAUCAGGCACUUAGGAUGUAGAGAAACCCUGUGGAUGUGAUGAAUGUGGCAAAGCCUGUAGGGUGCAUCUGGCCUGGCCGAUCAUGUGAUCCACACCAAGAGGGCAUGUCAAGGUGUUCACUGACAUUUCCUAUCACGCAGAUUGUCAAGAUCUCAGAGAAAAGCCACAAAUGAAUUAGGCAAAGUCUCAGUCAGCAUUCAAGCCAUGUAAGACCACUUUAUUACCUAGUGGAGAAACUAUCUUCCACGUAUAAUGACUCUACAGAGCCUUUAGGCCUCAUUUAAGGCUUAGAAACCCUCAGUUAGUCUGUGUUGAAGAGGAACCUCACCUAUACAUUGGAUGCAAACAGGCCCGAAGUUAAAAGUCUGUCAUCAGGAUUCCUGCUGGAAAAAAAACUCAUAAAUGUACCAAGAUGGCAAAUGUUUGCUAUGCACUCAGCCCUCUGUACACGUCAGGUAAGGCACAAAAGCAUAAUGACUUUGGCCAAGCCUGUCUUCAGUGCUCAUGUCCCAGUGGACAUCAGUUGAUCCACACUGGAGAGAAACCAUGGAAAUGUCUGCAGGUGCCAAGCUCUUCUGGCACAGUUCACAGCUUGCACAACCUGGGAGAAGACGUCCUAGAGGUAGAGCUUGAAUGCAGUGAGUGUGGCACCCCCUGCAUUAUGAGUUCAAGCAGUGGUCAGAGUCCAUACUAAAGAGCAACAUCCGUCACAAUCACAGCACAUAGCACAGACUUCCAUGCCUCAGAACCAGUGGGCAUCAAAGAGACACCUUUGAGGAAGCUGUGCAAAAGUCAUGCCAUGAUCUUAAAUCUAAGCUUUAAAAUCUGGAACAGUACAUGACCCAGAGAACUACCAUCCAGUUGUAAGGAAUGUGCUGCUCUUUUUUUUUUUUUUUUUUGGUUUGUUUUGUUUUUGCCAAACCUUUGUGAUUUUGUUGUCCUGAGAGGAUUUAUUCUGGCAAAAUCAGACAUUGUGACCCUGCAUAGUUCUUUCAUCAAGGGAGUGUCCUCAGGAUUCACCAGUGAGUCCAUAUGCUACAAAGGACUCUUAACAAAUGUACUGUGUGGUACAUUAUUUCACCAAUUCUCACACAAUCUUCUAUGUCAGAAAAUUUAUAGGAAGGAUAAAUAAGUCUCUGAUUAUCAAAGAUUAGUUUCUGUCCUCGCAUACUGUGGAAAAAUUACAUAAUGUUUUAUAACUAAGGACAUAUCAAAGGUGCAGGGACAUUUGAAAAGGCCCAGUUAUCUUCAUGUUGUAAAGUGUCUCAUUCUUCGAGAUUUCUUGGAAAGUACCCUGCUCGUCUUGGGUUCUGUGCCUUCCUUAUGGGACUUUCAUGGCUGUGUCCAGAAAGGAACCCAUAGGAGUAUAGGUCUUACUUCGUGAAACGAAGAUUCCUGGUGUCCUUGCUCCUGGAGUAGGAGGACACUGCCUAUUAAAAUUCAGUAUUGCCUGCACCAAGAAAUAUUUCAAAGGGACUGAUCAGGAUGUAGAAUUGAGGUAUCGGUUAUCCUGCCUGGGGUGGUCUGUGCCCCCUUGUCCAAUUUGUCCAUAGUGGGAUGGGGUAAGGAACACUCUACAAACUGCCUGAAGUGGGACAGCCAAGACUGCAGGGACUGGGCUUUUUAUCGGAGGAGAGGAGUGUGUUCUUCGGGCCAGAUUAUGUCCAGGAAGAAUGCAGGGAAAUGGUGGCCACUGCUGCAUUUAAUGGCCAUAGCUGUUUAGCACCGUUGGUGACUAAUUGUCUCAUUCUUGGAAUUGAGAAGUUAUCAGAGAGAAGAGAUGAACCUAAAGAACCACAACAGCACAUGCUUCAUGAGGAUCCACCUUCACCUGCUGAGGUUACAUUUGCUGCUGAUUUAUUCAGAAUGUACCGUAGAUUUCAUAUGAUACUUAAUAAAAUCUAAUCUUUCACAUAA